GCAAAGCGCGGCCGGGAAGAUGGCGGCGCGCUGGGCUCUGGGCGCGGGCGGUUCCUGGGCACGGGGUCUGCUCAGCUGGGCGCGGCCGGAGAGGUGGCUGCCGUCCUGUAGCCUUUUCCCUCUGUCAUGCAUCCACACAAGCACAUCUCUGCAGAAGACUGGGAAGUGGGAGAAAAAGAACAGGAUUGUUUACCCUCCACAGCUGCCUGGAGAACCCCGCAGACCAGCUGUAAUAUAUCACUGUCGGAGAGACAUAAAAUACAGCAAAGAUAAGAUGUGGUAUCUGGCAAAACUGAUAAAAGGAAUGACCAUUGAUCAGGCUCUUGCUCAGCUGGAAUUUAGUGACAAAAAGGGAGCAAAGGUGAUCAGAGAGGUUCUGUUGGAAGCACAGGACUUGGCCGUAAGAAAGCACAACGUGGAAUUCAAAUCGAAUUUACAUAUAGCCGAGUCCCUGACGGGCAGAGGCCGCUACGUGAAGCACAUUCGUUACCAUGCCAAGGGCAUGUUUGCCUUCAUGAAAAUCAACAGGUGCCACUACUUUGUGAAGCUGAUGGAAGGUCCUCCUCCCCCUCCAGAGCCACCAAGGACUGGCUUUGACCAGGCAAAAGAAUAUGUGCAGCAGCUGCGAAACAGAACCCUUGUUCAUACGCUCUGACACACUGUUGUGACUGUAUAUGUAUCUCUUGUUUGACAGUGUAAUUGUAUAAAGGAAUAAUUAAAAUAAUGCUUUAGUUAUAUCUUUGAUACUGCUGGAGCUGGAUGAUGUGAGAAUGACCAUAGGGUUUUUUCUUAUUUGUCAAGCCAUAGGCAUGGAAAAAUCUUGGAGCAGCAGAUGUAAUUUGGACCACAGCAUUCAAACUCGACCCUGGACUAUCAAAUCUAGAACAUACAAUGCUGUUAUAAAACUUGUAAUGACCUGAAGUUCACACAGGUGUCUCUGUUAUGUAUGGUGGGGGCUUUGGUGGUAAAAAUAUGUGCUUGACAGUCAAAUGGCAAGAUCAGACUUGGACUAAAAGUACUAAAAUUUCUUAAAGUAGCUACAGCAUUGGAACAAAAAAAAGCAACAAUAAUAUUUAAGAAUACAGACAUCGAUUUAUGGUUUAUCUGGAAUGUAAUACCUUCCUUACAGCUAUUAUUGUACCUCUUGGGCAAUGUGUCUUGGGAGUGGGGAAUAAAAAGCCAAUCCCUUGAAGUUCAGGUUUUGGCAGUCAGUAGGUGGCAGUGUUUAGUUUGUCAGAGAGGAAGUGGCAGCAAAAACUUACAGGGUGUUGAAACUCUGUUCUGGAUUCUGCCCUUGGCAUUAAUAGUCUGAUAUGUGCAUGGAGUUCAGGCUGCUUUCUGUGGAAACUCAAUGUGGGUAAUAGGCACAAUAUGGAGAAAACCUUGUUUUGUUGAAGAGUGAACUAAUUGUUCUGCACUGUCUGGAAACAAAUUGCCUUUGUAAUGUCGGGGAAAGUAACACUCUGUGGACAUAAUAUGAAAUGGCUUGUUGCAUAUACAAAUCAGGCUUUCAGUUCUAUGAAAACAA